AUGGCUAAAGAAUUUUUGAUUGGACUUCACGGCCAACCCAAGGCACACAAGGAUGGGUUACCCCUUCGCCCCGUUGUGCCAAACAUAACGGCACCAACAUACCAGCUAUCCAAAUAUAUCGCGUCCGUUUUGUCGAAAGGUUUCAAAAGCGAGUACAACAUCAUCGACAGCUUUUCCUUCGUCAAAUACAUCACCGCUGUGACGCUUCCAGCAGGAUACAUUCUAGUAUCUUUUGAUGUCGUCUCCCUCUUCACGAACAUCCCGAAGGACCUGGUUAUUCGCGACAUCAUUAUGAACUGGGACAUCAUAGGAAAAGCAACAAAUAUCAACCUGGAUUUGUUCCUCGAGAUGGUGAGCUUUUGCAUAGAUAGCAGCUACUUCAAAUUCCGGGACAAGUUCUAUCAACAAACAUUUGGUACAGCUAUGGGCAGUCCUCUUUCGCCAAUACUUGCGGAAGUAGUCAUGGAAGUACUUUUAAGGACUGUCACAAAUAGACUGAGCUUCCCACUCCCAGUCAUCAAAAAAUAUGUGGACGAUUUGUUCAUAGCACUACCAGAAGACCAAAUAGAACAUACGCUACAGAUAUUCAACAGCUACAACCAACACCUGCAGUUCACCGUUGAGAAGGAGGCCGACGGAAGGCUUCCAUUCCUCGACACCCUAGUCAUCAGAAACCCAGAUCAGACCAUAUCUACGCAAUGGUAUUCCAAACCAAUAUCUUCAGGACGACUGCUAAACUUCCACUCAUUCCACCCCAUAAGCAUGAAGAUAAACGUCGCCGCAAACUUCAUCAAACGGGUGACCUUGCUCACCACCAAUCUCAACCAACAACAGCAAUUCAACAUCAUCUUCCACCACCUCCGCUCCAACAACUACCCGUCAUCGUUGAUCAACCGCUUGCUAUGCCGAGCAAAACCGAGGGCCUCGAUAACAGAAGUCCCGCAUGAUACACCAACAACAUCCAACGUAGGCCACCUCCAAGAGUUAAACGAAGAAAACCAUCCUCACGCCGGCAGCAUCACAUCUAGAGGCUUGCAAACUCCAUUGGAUCAAAACACUCCAGCCAUCCAACCCCAGCAGCGACCACCACCUUCCACAACCAACGGUCAGCAGCUCACCGAAUACAGAAGCAUCCCCUUCAUUGAAAAUCUCAGUCCUACAAUCGCCAACAUCCUAAAAGCCGAUUUUCCACAGACAAACCCCAGCCAUAUCAACAAUGGAACCAAUUCCACACCUCCUAAAUGA